UCCGCUUGGGUGGAUUUUCUUUGACUUCCAACUCUCCAUGCUGGUCAUUCUUCCCCAGGUCACUCUCUUACUUUUCUUGGAGAACGGUCGGGAUGUUAGCCCAACACCGACAGGCGGUUGGCCAAAUUGCUGCCAAAGUCCGACAAUUCUAUGACCGCAAAGAGCCUUUUCGGAUUUCUCAUGGCUCCACCAACAGCACUCGACCGCGUCGCCCGGGGCACGCGCUCGACAUCAGCAAGCUGGCCAAUGUCCUAGAGGUCAAUGCAAAGGCGCGGACCGCGCUGGUCGAGCCGAAUGUCCCUAUGGAUCGCCUGGUCGCGUCCACUUUGAAGUACGGGCUGGUGCCGCCCGUGGUCAUGGAGUUCCCCGGCAUCACUGUCGGCGGCGGGUACGCUGGCACGGCGGGGGAAAGCAGCUCGUUUCGCCACGGGUUCUUCAAUGAUACGAUCAACUCUGUGGAGAUGAUUCUGGCGAAUGGCGAGAUCACCCGGGCGUCCCCGACGGAGAACUCAGAUCUCUUCUACGGGGCCGCUGGUGCCGUGGGCAGCUUGGGGAUCACUACCAUGGUGGAGCUGCAGCUGAUCGAGGCCAAGAAAUACGUCAAGGCGACCUAUCAUCGAAAGGGCAGUGUGGCUGAGGCGAUCAAGGAUAUCCAGGCGGAGACGACCAAUGAUGCGUACGAUUAUGUGGACGGGAUGCUUUUCUCAAAAGAACACGGUGUGGUGGUCACGGGGGAGAUGACCAACGAGAAGCCUGACGACACCAAUCUGCAGACCUUCAGCGAUCCCUGGGAUCCGUGGUUCUAUCUCCACGUCAAGGACAGAACCAAUGCCAGCCCUUCCCCCGUCACCGAAUUCAUCCCGCUGGCCGAGUACCUCUUCCGCUAUGACCGAGGCGGCUUCUGGGUCGGCGCGUCCGCGUUUGACUACUUCAAAUUCCCCUUCAACCAGUAUACCCGGUGGUGGCUCGAUGACUUCUUGCACACGCGCAUGCUGUACAAGGCACUCCAUGCCAGCGGAGAAUCCAGCCGCUACAUCGUGCAGGACCUGGCGUUCCCCUAUUCGACGGCCGAGCAGUUUAUCAACAAGGCCACCGACUCCUUCGGCAUCUGGCCCCUGUGGCUGUGCCCGCUGCGCCAGACGCCCCCGCCCACGAUGCACCCCCACACGGGCGAGGUCGAAGCCGACGGCAGCCCGAAGCCCAUGCUCAAUGUCGGGCUUUGGGGCUGGGGCCCGACGGAUCCCAACACCUUUAUCUCUGCUAACCGUGAGCUCGAGCAUCAGAUCCGGAGCCACGGGGGCAUGAAAUGGCUGUACGCUCACACCUACUACCCGGAGAACGAGUUCUGGAGCAUGUUCGAUCGCCCGUGGUACGACGCGCUGCGGGAAAAAUACUCGGCUACCAGUCUGCCCAGUGUCUAUGACAAGGUCAAGAUCGAUACGCAACGGACCCGUCAGGAGAGCAACUCAUCGUGGGGGAGCUGGCUGCGGUCCCAGUGGCCUUUUGGUGGCAUGUAUGGGAUCCGGAAGGCGAUCCAAAGUAAAGAGUAUAUGCAUCAUAGAGAAACGCCUUGGAAGGGGAUAAACGAGCGCGAUCCCAACUCAUCUUAGGUCAGGUCUUGUUGUAAAUAGAUUCGUCGAAUGUAUAUAGACUAAUG